AUGAAUGCCGGCGAUGCGAAUACGCAAAUUCUGAAUUUGCUCACAACUAAUCCCGAGCUCAUCCCGUAUUACUUGACACUGUGCCAAUUGCAAACACCGCAAAAUGCAAACGAAUUGAAUGCGAAUGCGACCGCUGUUCAGAAUACGCCGUCGGAAUCGCUCGGAAUUGUUGAAAAUGCGACCCAUGAGAUUCCCGGUGUUCUGCGAAGUUCAACCGUCAUCUGCCAGACGCCGACGUCUUCAGAAGCGACGACAAAUCUUCAGACCAAUCGACAGGUCGACUCGAGUCCGUCUGAAAAUACAAAACGCAAAGCUUCGGACGAUUCUGAAGGCGUGCCGACGUCGCGGAAGCGAAUUUCAAUGGCGGACAGUGAAGACGAGCCUGAGAAUCCGCACGAUGAUUGCUGUCAUCUGAAUCGGUCAACAUUGUCGUCGUCAAACUACACAUCAUUCGAGCCGACGAUGGAAUCAUCGACGAUUCGACGCGAACACGAAACGCUCGAGGCGUCGUCGCGGCGCAUCGGCGGAAUUCCGACGUCGACGUACUAUCCGACGCACUUCAUGCACGGCACCGUGCUGCAAUUGGCGAACGGCGCGACGAGACGCGUCGAAGACGUCUCGUCGGACGACUUCCUUCGUUGCGCCGCCGAAUCCGACGACGUCAACGUCAACGCGGCGAUCGUGUCGCGCAUUUCGCCGUCGGCCGACGCGGUGACGGUGCGGUUCGCCGUCGGCGCGCGUCGCCGUCUCGUCGAGCUCGCCGUCCAACACGAGCACCCGCUGUUUGUGCUCGGCAAAGGCUGGACGAGUUGCGACGUGAAGCGCACCGUCGAGAACUACGGACUGCGUUGCGAGCCGCUCGAGAUCGGCGACGUCUGCAUCGUGUUGACGCGCGAAUCGUCGAACGACGAGGCGGGCAUCGUGUCGAUAUCAGAAGCCGAUCGACAAUUCGACGAAUGGAAUCGCCGCAAUCGAAUCAAUGAAUCGCUCGCCGCCGAGUAUUUCGAUGAGGAUGAUCGUGGGCGAGCGUCGGCGCCGCCGAGAUUCCGAUCGUCAGCAAUAUUCCGCGAAAGAGCAAUGUCGUUUUGA